AUGAAUGGAUCAUCGCUCCCUCUAUAUAGGGGCGACAAGGGCGACAGACCUUUCUCCCUAAAAGUGCGAGGUGGUGGUGGUAUCGUGACAGGGACCAUAUCGACCAUAGUCAAGUACACAAAAGCCGUCAUAGCAGAUCCAAAGACUCGUAAUGUCUUCUUCUUUCUGUGUCUCAAUCUCUCUUUUACCUUUGUCGAGGCAAUUUAUGGUAUUUGGACAAACUCUCUGGGCCUCACUUCGGAUGCCGUACACAUGUUGUUUGAUUCCACCGCUCUACUCCUCUCCUUGGCCGCAAGUGUCAUUGUAAAAUGGGACCCAAACGACAGAUUCACUUACGGAUAUGGAAGAGUCGAAACAUUAACAGGUUUUGUAAAUGGGGUUGCAUUGUGUUUUGCUGGUCUCGGCAUCAUAUGGGAAGCAUUUGAACGCUUGAUGGAUCCACCGGAAAUCAAGACGGAUUCUUUGCUACUUGUCUCUGUCCUGGGGCUGCUCGUCAAUCUAGUUGGUAUAUUUGCAUUCGAACAUGGUCAUGCUGGUCAUGGACAUGGCCACGAUCACAGCCAUUCUAAUGGUCAUGCCCAUCACGAUCACGAUCACCAUGACUAUUCACAUCACAAUCAUUCACAUCACGAUCAUCACGAUCAUCACGACCAUCAUGAUCACUCGCAUCAUGGUCACUCUGAGACUCAUGGUAGAAAUCCACUCAUGCAAGGAAUGUUUCUGCAUGUAUUAGCCGACACUCUAGGAUCAGUGGGAGUCAUUACAUCAUCUAUAUUAAUAAUGCUCUAUGAUUGGAAAUGGGCCGAUGCAGCCUGUUCGCUCUUUAUUGCCGUAAUGAUAUUGGUCAGUGUAUGGCCAUUGCUUCAAUCCUCUGGGCUGUUGUUGUUACAACGAGUUCCCAUGGGAUUUGAAUUUAAAGUGGCCGAUCUAUACAGAAAGAUCUCGUCUAUCGAAGGGGUAGUUGGCUUUUCUCAAGCCCAUUUUUGGGAGUUAUGUGAGGGAAAAUAUAUUGGAACCAUAAAAGUACAAGCAUCUGAAGCCGGCUCCGAACAACGGAUACGAGUCCUAGUGGCAAAUGCCAUGCGAGAGAUGGGCGUGACCAACUCUGUUGUACAAGUGGAAAAGGAUGCAAUAAUCCAGGCUGCUCAGUAUACCUCCUAA